AUCUGGAAUAUCCGCGCGUCGGUGAGGCGGCGCGGCGGUGGCGGUGGCGCGCGUAUAAAAGCGGCACGCGCCGACCGCCGAGGUCACUCGUUCCCAGAGCUCCGCACAGUUAACUUCGCAACUGCGCAACAGCAAAGAACCCUUUAUCGUGCCGGAUAGCUUCGAGCCGAACACGGGAAACUUUCGUCCGUUGCGUAAGCAGAGCCGUGUGACUUGUGCCCGUCGGACGAACGGAGAACAGCGGAGAUCUCAGUGAAUCAGUGGAGAAUCGACGAGCAGUGUGUUCCUCGCGAUAACCUGGCAAUCACAGCCGAGAAAAUUCCCACGUUCAGUGAAGUGUGCAAACGAGGUACGCCCGGGAGGAACCCCAGAACGCCGAAGAAAGAAGAGAUACUCACGGAUAUGACUCGCUGCCAGAGCUUGCACGCGUACGGCUCCACGGUGUCCGAAAGUGGACCGCUAUGGACGGAGAAAGAUGCUUGCCCUAAGGGGACCAUAACCUGCGGCAUGCUGCCCACGCUGCGGGCCCUGGCGUCCAAAGAAUGCGAGAACAGCCAGGGCACAAUCUGCCUGGUGCCGUUCGACACAGACAUGGACUCGGCUAGCCACCUGCAGAUGAUCCUACUGGAAGCCUAUUGCCGUGAGACGGGGAUCAAGGUGUUACGGGUGUCCAGGGAGAGGAUACGGAACCACCUGUGCCCGGGCAGCGGCGAUCUGUCCUGCGUGUUGAUCUCCAACGACGAUCCAUAUUUCCUCGAUCCGCCUGAGUGAAUCCCGCGACCGCUUGGGAAGCCACCGAAACGAAUUUAGUCUCGACUGGGCUCAGUCGCGUGAUUGUUUACGCCGAGACGGUGAACCUGCGACGCGCCGUCGGAUCGACGGGGGGCGUCCGGUGUCGACUUUUUUGUUAAUCGAGUCAACGGUGUUCGACGGGCCGUUAGGAACACGCACGGAUUAGCGUACUCGAGGCCAAUGGAAGUAUCUGCUCUCUUCGAUGGAUAUCGACCGCCGCGAACGUCCGUCGGACGUUGCCGAAUAAUUAAUUGUUAAACAGCACAGGCGAGGAGUAACGUUUUAAGAAGGAACUUACUGCUGUAGCUGGCUAGAUCGUGACGAUGAGUAUGAGAAAUAGGAGGCGAUUAUUUUUGUAAUUAUUGAUUGCGAGAACUGUUAUCGCACUAUUUUGUAAUUGCGUGUGUGUAAUUAACGACAGUGACUCUGUGAUUCACUGGUAUCUCUAAUCCGUUCCAUUGCAAGAUACCGUUUGUCGUGUCGCUUGCUGCCACGUUGCUCGACAAAUCGACUAAUGGAGUUAUCUUGAUCCGUUGAGGAGUUUUCAUUGUACUCUUUUUUAUGGAAAUAAAGAGAUGUUCCAACUACUCGUUGUUGUUGUUGUUGUUGUUGUUGUUCCUUCUAUGCAAGAAGUACCCACCGCUUC